CCCGAUCAUCAGCGGGAAACCAAAAUGGCGAACGUGCUGGGGGAAAAUGAACCGUUUGUUAUUUUCUGAUGAAGACACAAGCCCCGCAAGUUUUCGCGAUGUACUUUUGAUAUAGAUUCAACUGCAGACGGAGCGGGAUAAUAGCGGUCAUUUCUCUUGAGUUAUUUUGUCGUACAAGUUUUUGUUUGAAGCGGAGGUGACCGAAUGAGAGACUCAGGGGUUGUGGACCACCUGUCUGUCCAUCUCAGAGCCCACCCCCAGCGGCAGCAGCAGGCUGUGUCCUUGUCCCCCACAAGCCUUUCUGCUAGAGGGGAGUAUGGAGAAGACGGCAUGUCUGGCAGGUUUACAGAGGGACAGGACGUCUUGGCCCGGUGGUCAGAUGGCUUGUUCUACUUGGGGACAAUCACAAAGAUAGAUCAGGACAAACAGCGAUGCUUUGUUGUCUUUGAGGAUCGUUCAAAGUCAUGGGUUCUUUGGAAGGAUAUUCAGACAGGGGAUGAAGAUGAUGAGGAUGAUGAGGACGAUGACAUUGUGUGCUCCAUUUGCCAAGAUGAAACUUCAGAGGAACCCAAUGAGAUUGUCAUUUGUGACAAGUGUGGACAUGGUUACCAUCAGGUGUGCCACUCCCCCAUCAUUGAUGCCUCUGUCAUUGACUCAGAUGACAAGUGGCUCUGCUCAGAGUGUGAGCUUACUUCUAUACCCAAGAGGGGGAGUGGUCACAGGAGGGGAGCGUCUGCUAAAGGUUUUCCGCAGCAGGAACAACAGCAGCAGCAAAUGGAGCUGCACCUGUCCUUCCCCUACGCCCUACAGGAACUGGUGUGGGACCAAGGCCACAAGACUAACAUCCAGAAGUGUUACUGCUACUGUGGAGGCCCAGGAGAUUGGUACCUGAAGAUGUUGCAGUGUAACAGGUGUCAGCAGUGGUUCCACGAGGCCUGUCUCCAUUGCUUACAGAUGCCCAUGCUCUACGGAGAUAGGUUUUAUCUGUUUAUUUGUUCUGUUUGCAAUGGUGGACCAGAGUACCUUAGCCGACUGCCUCUCAGAUGGGAGGAUGUCACACACUUGAGCCUGUACAACUUGAGUGUGAUCCACAAGAAGAAGUACUUUGACUCUGAGAUGGACCUGAUGGCUUACAUCAAUGACAACUGGGAGCUGCUGCAGCUUGGGGAGCUCGCAGACACUCCAAGAUCAGAGCGAUAUGAAAGUGUUCUGGAGGCAUUAAACAACAACAGCAGCAUGUUCAUGUCAGGGAAGGAGGUAAAGAAGAAGAAGCACCUAUUUGGCCUGAGGAUCCGUUUCCCUCCUGCUCCCCCCAACUCUGAUGAGGCGACCAGCAGAGUGAUGGAGAGGGCUUCACAUGAAAUCACCAUUAAGGGAUGCAAGUCCACCAAAGCACUGUCUGGCAUGAGGACUUGCAGUACUUUAACCAAUGGCACAGAGAAAAAGAAGAAAAAGAAGAAAAAGAGGAAGCAAGGAGCUCGUUCUCUGGAAACUCUGGCUAAACCACAACGCUCCAGUGAACUCUUGUCCCAGCAAAUGAGAAAGCCUCUACCACUUGAGCCCCAUGCAUUGGAUCACUUAACUUCUAUCAAGAGUGACAGGUCUCUGCUGUCUUCACAAACUUCAGAUGUGGAAUCCAUAGGAGCCCUGAGCACCUCAGAAACUACCUCAACUAGCAUUUCAAGACAGUCAAGCCUCUGUAGCUCCAGCAAGACGCGCACGACAGCGUGCAUCAUGCCUGUUUCCUCUCCACCCUUAAAGAGGAAACGUGGGCGGCCACGGCGGGCCCUGCAGCCCCCUAACCCGGAGAUCCCCCCUCCCAGCCAUGCAGACCCAAACCCCUCAGCGACAGAGAUGCUGAGCAGCCUUCCAGGGCUUCACUCAACAGACAUAGUUCAUGGCAUGGACCCCAACAGCCAGCUCUCCCACCUCAAGAGCUCCAUCAGCAGCUAUUUCGGAGCAGCAGGGCGGCUGGCUUGUGGGGAAAAGUACAAAGUCCUGGCCCGACGGGUCACCCUUGAUGGCAAGGUGCAGUAUCUGGUGGAGUGGGAAGGAGUCACUGCCUCCUAGGCUCGCCACUGUCAUCAUCAUUUCUAACUUUUAACCAGCACCUACAAGAGGUUUAUGGCUGUGGUGAGGACGCUUACACAGCCUGUAUUUGGAGCAUUAAUUGAUAUAUGCCUUUGUUUAGUUUAGACAGGAGCAAGUGUUGCCUGAUAAGCUUACUGUAAAGCCUACUGGUUCUGUGCAGUCCAUUGUGAUCAUAGCACAUUCAAACAUAUGAAUUUUCUUCAGGUGUUUAAGGAUUAUAGUUCAUUGAUAAAGACGAGGCAUAGUCGUUAUACCACACCAUAUUUAUGUUAUUUUGCUUUUAACUUUCAUCUUCUGCAUUGAAUGUUUACAGGAACCCCCAUUUAUUCAGGGGUAAAUAAUUGAUCAGUGCACUGCACCUGUAGGCUUUCAGAUAACCAUUAUUGUGCUUGUUUUUGAUCCAGUGAUAUGCUUUUCAUUUCCAGACUCAUUAAGAAUGAAACUGUACACAAUGAACAAAAUGUAGUUGUCCAGGCAUUUAAAUGGUGAAUCAUGGGGGAUAAGAGAAAGAGGGGAAGUUUUGUUCAAACCUAUUAUUUUGACAAACUGCAAUCAUGCAGUGAAGAAUUACAUACGUUUGAUUAACACUUAUUUUCUUAACGUAUUUGGUAAAUAAAAACAUGUCCCUUUCCAUCAGUGACCCCUCCUUCUCUAGUCCUAGCUGCAAGUACCUCUUGUUGCCUUGGGCAGAUGUAUCCUUCAGUUCUGUUUGGAGAGAGUGCUCACUUGUGAGCAGUUCAGGAGGAAAUCAAAACAAAAGAGAUGUGCUGCUGCAAAUGUUUAUUAUUUUAUAUAGAAUUAUACUACAUUUAUUAUUACCUUUUCUACUUGUACUUUCUUGAAUGCCUUUUUCUGUUCAAAAUGGCAGAUUUUUCUGAUUUCUGAUUAUUAUUUUUUUUUAAAUUAUGGAUUGCACAUAUCAAAUUCUAUCUGUUAGGCCAUCAUGUCAUUUGAACAGAUAAAUUGAGCUUUUUCAAACCCUACAAGGCAGCAUUUAGCAUGUAUGUCAUAACUCCCAACAGUUUGAAUUUAAGUGCGUCUUAAAAAUAACAUCCCUAAAUGAAUUAUAAUUUCAGUGUGUAAAUGUUCAGAAUCCCAUACACAAGAGGAUACCUAUUAAACUGUGUGCAUUCUGAACAAACUCAUUUUUUUUCAUAGUUAAGAUUUUGUUAAGAAUCUUCUGUCUUUGUCUAAAUAUAUAUCAUUUUAAAGCAUUUUGAUUUGAAAUUGAUGACUGUUAACUUUGAAGUCUUUAAGGACCUAUUUAGUUUUUACUUUCUCAUAGUUACUCAAAAAAAAAGAAAUAAAGUGCUGAGUAAGAUGAAUGUUGUAUACCCGGUUCCCAGUUCAGAAUUGUUUUGGGGUUUUUUUUUUGUGCUGCCUAUGCAAGUUAGUCCUGGAAAAAUGUAUUGUUUCAUACAGCUUGACCACGGGGAGCUUCAGCAUUACUAUUUCGACGAUUUGACUCAGGUGUUUCAAUUUUGUCAUGUGAUGGGUGCAACAAAAAAAUAAUUUAAAAAUGCACUUAGAUUUUUCUUUUACAUUCAAGUCACCUUGUAGUCUACACACUCAGGAUAUGCCCAGAAACUUCACUGUAUUGCAUAGGCCAGCAUUUGCAGCUUGACAGGAGGUUUUGAUAUAAGUUAUUUACUCAGUGUUCUUGGUCAGUAUUUUUAUAUUGGGUCCUCCAUUUGUUGCAUUUCUUCGGACCGUUAUGUAAUUAUGC